AUGCGGUUCCUUCGAGCAGGCUGCCAGACAGCCCUCAUCGCGGCAGUUAGCGGUCUUGCCGCAGCCACCAGCUUCAAGAAUGGACACUACGACUACAUAGUUGUCGGUGGCGGACCUGCCGGCAUCAUCACCGCCGAGCGGUUUAUCGAGGCUGGCAAGAAGGUCCUGCUUUUGGAAAGAGGCACUGGCCCAACCGUUGCUACCGGGGCCAAUGAAACCCUCGUUUGGGAUGACAACUUGACUUCCAUUGACCUUCCUGGAUUGUCAGCCGACGUCGGCUCCCUUGACGUCUGGGAUGAAUAUAUGUGUACCGACACAGCCGGUUAUGCUGCCUGUGUGCUGGGUGGUGGAGUGACAGUCAACUAUAUGGUUUUCGUGCACCCUCCCGAGCACGACUUUGAUGAUAACACGAACUGGCCAGAGGGGUGGAAGUGGAAGGACCUCAAGCCUGCUGCAGACCGGCUGUAUGAGCGUAACCCGGGUACUGUUUUGCCAUCGGCCGAUGGAAAGCGUUACGACCAGGGUCUCUACACUGCGCUUCAGGGCUUGUUCAGCAAGCUUGGCUGGAAGGCCGUCGAUAUGAUUGCCCAGCCUAACGAGAAGCACAAGGUCUACAGCCACCCAUCUUGGAACAUCAAGGACCAGAAGCGUGCGGGUCCCGUCCGGACCUACCUACCCGAAGCUCAGAAGAGCAACAAAUUCUCGCUGCGUCUGGGAACCAAGGUGCUCCGUGUUGUCCGUUCUGGCAGCCAAGUCACUGGCGUCGAGGUCGAAACAGCCACUGGAAAGACUGAGAUCAUUACUCUUGCCCCUAACGGUCGUGUUGUCCUCGCUGCUGGAGCUCUUUCUACUCCCCGUCUGCUUUUCAACUCUGGAAUUGGCCCCAAGAAGCAGAUUGAGACGGCCAAGAAGAGCGGCAUCAAUGUCCCGCCAGAGCAGGAGUGGAUCAACCUUCCUGUAGGCGUUGGUCUAAUGGAUCACCCUAUCUUUAAGAUUUAUGCUAAGACUCCCGGUGAUUACGGCAUCCCUGACUACGACAGCAUCCUUGACGGAAGCGAUACGACCGAUAUUAGUCUCUACAGACAUAAGGAUGGACUGUUGACCCAGGGUAAGCACCGUGCGAUCUUUUUCACUUCGGAAGAGCUCCAUGGCAAGACUCGCUACUACCAGGGUUCAUGUGCACCCCAGGCGGAUUCCGUCCUUGAGAUUACGGCCUACAUGACUCACGGUCUUACUUCUUCUGGUAUUCUGGGCCUGGACUCGAAGCAAAACACUGUUAUCGAGAAGUCGCCAUACCUGCAGACUGCCGAUGACCGUCUCGCCGCCCGCAACUUUGUUCAAGGCUUCCUUGAGAAUAUUCGCUCUGAUGACGGGUUUGAAUUGAUAACUAACCUCAAUACCUCCGCUGUCAUUGCCUCUUUGACUACCGGUGACCACUACGCCAGCUCUGCUAAGAUGGGUAUUGACGAUGGCCGCAACAACGGUACCUCUGUCGUUGACACCAACACCAAGGUGUACGGAAUGGAUAACCUGUACGUUGUGGACGGCAGCAUUCACCCUGACCUCCCAACCGGUAACAUCCAGGCCACCAUCAUGGUUAUUGCUGAGGCGGCCGCGAGCCGCAUUCUAGCUCAAAAAUAA